AUGAACUUCCUCCUGCUGCCUCUUCUUCUGCUCGAAUUCAUAUGCUCAUCGGAUCAUCACGCUCACGUCGCAGCAUCCAAAUCCGCCGUCGAAUACCUUCCUGGAUUCCAAGGCCCUCUCCCGUUUUACUUCGAGACCGGGUACGUUGGAGUAGGGGAAGCUGCAGAGCUGUUCUACUACUUUGUGAAGUCAGAUGGGAAUCCUGAAGCUGACCCUCUCCUUCUCUGGCUCACCGGCGGCCCUGGCUGCUCUGCCUUCUCUGCUCUUACCAUGGAAAUUGGUUAUAAACUAAUGAUUCAACUCCUACUGUACAACUAUUACAAGUCCUGUUUUUUUUUUUCUUCAUGUUCUUCAUAUUGCUCUUUCAGCAUAAUUUUCCUGGACUUGCCUGUUGGGACUGGAUUCUCUUACACAACAAACCCAUCUCCUGCUGAUCAUCCUGGUGACCAGGUUCAGGUUUCCCAAGCUGCAGAGUUCAUCAGGAAGUGGCUAGGAAAUCACUCGGAGUUCCUGCAGAAUCCACUGUAUCUUGCAGGGGAUUCCUACUCAGGAACCACGAUUCCACCCAUCGUCCAACGAUUGUCCAUUGGUAAGAACAAGAUAUACACAUGUUGUGACCCUAAUCAUAAUAGCAUGGGAUACAUAAUUGGGAACCCAGUAACAGAUAGUGAAUUCGAUGGUAACGCCCGAAUCCCAUUUGCACAUGGGAUGGCGCUCAUUUCUGAUGAACUCUACAAGUCACUUCACAAAAGCUGCAAGGGAGAGUACCAAACAGUAGAACCUACCAACUUGGAAUGCAAGAACAACUUAAAGGCUUUCUCUGAGUGUCUCUCGGGUAUAAACGUAUAUGCCAUACUGGAUCCAGACUGCAAUGUAGAUCCUGAAAAGGCUGCCGUAAGACGAAGAAGAAGAAGAAGAAGAAUGUUGCUGCAGGAUGAGUCUCAGCCCUUACUCACAUUCGAUCCACCUAAGCUCGGCUGCAAGGUAAACGCGAAUCACGAAAAUCGAUCGUCGCCACUAAUCACAUUGAUUUUACUGUUUCUGUCUCGUUACUUUCCUGAGGGAUUCAUGUUUGCUCGACAGUAUUAUGACUUCAGUCGACGUUGGGCCAACGAUGAACUAGUCCGCAAAGCACUUCACAUAAGAGAGGUAAGAGUUGCAGGAAGAUCGUGA